AUGAAACAAGGUGGACUGGGGAUUUAUUCUGCUCAAUUAUGGAAUUCAGCUUCUGCUUUACGAAGCAUAUGGAUCAUUCAUUCUAACAAGGAAUCUCUUUGGAUUAAAUGGAUCCAUGAAAAUUAUCUCAAACAUAAAGACAUAUGGCAGGUUGAAGCUAGAUCAGGAGACUCAUGGAUGUGGAAACAAUUAUUCAGAAUUAGAAACAAGGUGAUGGCGGUUUUAGGAGGUGCUGAUAAUACCAAGACUCUCAUCAUGUCAAGCUGCAAGAAUUCAAAGCCAAUUCUGUCGAUAUUGUACAAGAACCUGUCAGCAGCUGUUAUCUCAGUACCAUGGUAUAAAACUGUGUGGGGUGGACUCAAUGUACCCAAACAUUCUUUUAUCAGCUGGCUAGCGAUUCAGAACAGGCUCCUCACACAAGAUAGGCUCCUAAAAAGAGGUAUAAUCAGUUCAAACCAGUGUUGUCUAUGCUCGGGUCAAAUCACUGAAUCGAGAGAUCAUCUGUUCUUCGAAUGCACUUUUUCCUCCUACAUUUGGAACUCAAUCAUGGAUUGGAUGAAUUUCAAGAAGAAGUCUUGCAAUUGGAAUCAGGUUUGGAACUGGUUUUCAAGCAUGAGAGGAAAAUCUCUACAGGUUAAGCUUAGAAGAUUGGUAUUAACAGCUUCAAUCUACUGCAUAUGGAGAGAAAGAAAUGCAAGGUUGUUUACCCAGAAGAUAAGGAGUGCUGAUCAUUUGAUCAAGGUUAUAAAGUUUGAAGCCUCUACAAUCAUUUUCAAUAACCCCCCCUAA